GCGGGAAUCAUUGGCAGGCCAAACCCACUGACCGAAUUCGCCCCUCAUGUCGGUCGAUAACUUCAAAACCAAUAUCUAUGAUUACCUCCAAACGUUACCCACAUUUACUUUUAUGCGGCUGUUCGAAAAGCCGGCCACUUGUUUGGCCAUUUUCCGACUGUUGCCAAGCAUAGGCAGACAAAUGGUCAUGUCCUUACUCUAUAUAGAUUCACCUAUCCUUAUCAAGGACAUUAACAGCUGGGUCAAUAAGGAUGGACAACGAAAGCUCGCCGAGGCUCUGCACAAACUGACAAGGCUGCGCAUUCUCAAGGAAAAUGAGCACGAUAUUGUCAUGAAUGACAUGUUUCGACAAGAAUUUCGAAAUGCACUAACGGGAGGUGGGACACAACAGUCGUUUGGUCUUCCUUGCACUACCCCCGAUAAGCAUCCCGUUGAUAUCGCUUUUCUUGAUCAAUAUGCCAAUCAGCAGUGGGAAGCUAUUCUGCAUUACAUGGUCGGCACAUCACUCACGAAAAAGCCAAGUCGGGGUGUCCUCAAUCUACUGGAACGAAGUCAACUGAUGCAAAACAGUCCCGACAACGAGGGUCAAUUGCAGAUUACCAACAAAGGCUUUCAGUUUCUGUUACAAGAUGUUAAUACACAAGUAUGGGCGUUUCUUCUUCAGUACCUAGAUAUGGCCGAGAUGCUUCAAAUGGAUCUCGUCGAAGUCUUGAAUUUCCUAUUUCAGCUGGGAUCAUUGGAAUUGGGAGAGAAUUAUUCGGUAGAAACUUUGACGCAAACACAACAACAAAUGUUGGAGGAUUUACGAGAUUAUGGCAUUGUAUACCAGCGAAAGAGAGGAUCUCGACGAUAUUACCCUACAAGACUCGCUACCACUUUAACUUCGGGCAAUGCGGCUCUGGCGACUAAGUUGCCGAAAACGAGCUCUGCGGUCGAAGGCGGCAAAGCGCCAGCUACAGAUGAAGAGGAAGGAGAUCAGGGCUUUGUUAUUCUUGAAACAAAUUAUAGAGUUUAUGCAUAUACAGAAUCACCACUACAGAUUGCUGUAUUAAACUUAUUCGUUCAUUUGCAAUCACGCUUUCAAAACAUGGUCGCGGGGUUAAUUACACGUGACAGUGUCCGUAACGCAUUAUUGAAAGGCAUCACGGCAGAUCAAAUCAUUUCAUAUAUGCAAACACAUGCGCAUCCGCAGAUGAGGAAAAAGACACCUAUUUUGCCAUUAACGGUGGUAGAUCAAAUACGACUGUGGGAAAUGGAGAGAAACCGCUUAAAAGCGACUCCAGCCUAUUUAUAUCACGAGUUCAACGUGCAAGCCGAUUUUGAUGCUGCCGAGAAGCAUGCUCGCGAUCUUGGAGUGCUUCUUUGGUCUAAUCAGAAGAAACGAACGAUGGUUAUUACUCAAGGGGGACAUGAGAGUGUAAAGGGCUUUGUUAAACGACGCCUGAAAGGCGGUGGUGGUGAUGAUGCUCAUCGGUAAUUAUGCGAUAUGAAUCAAGCUUGAACCCGAUGAACCACAUUUUGUAUAUAAAACAUCCAUUUCAUGUUAUACAUUAUGCAAGACCCCCAUUUGAGUUACAAAUAAGGAUCCAUGCCUCUUGGUGAUCUCUUUUGCAUAAAGUAUCGCAAAAGCAGGGAUCAUCCACAAAUGCGCGUUCGAUGAAAUGUCCUGCAGCAGAGGAUUACAGAUGCAUAUAUUUACCAUGUAGUUGAAGUAGAAAACGGACGUUUUGACACUUGAUCUUUUUUUUUCCUGUUUGGUUUAUUACAAGGCAAACACAGCAUAAGAACACAAGCUGUUGCGUAUUAUUGGC